AUGGCAUCUCUUCGGACCACCAGGAAUCUCACCAUGGCUGAUGCCCCAAAUCCAUUUCAACUCCCCAAUAUUACCAAGUUUAAGAUUGCUCUCUGUCAGUUGUCAGUUACUUCAGACAAGAGCCAGAAUCUUGAUCGUGCCUCUCGUUCGAUAAGAUUUUCUGUCGAGCAAGGUGCAAAGCUGCUUGUUUUACCAGAAAUGUGGAACUGUCCUUAUUCAAGUGAUUAUUUUGCAAAAUAUGCUGAGGAUUUUGACAAUAGAGAUGCCUCGCCAACAUUGUCCAUGUUAUCUGAAGCUGCUUGUUGCCAUGGGAUCACAAUCAUAGGAGGAUCUUUGCCUGAAUGGGAUCAUGGUCGGUUGUACAAUACUUGCUGCAUAUUUGGACCAGAUGGAAAGCUGAAAGCUAAGCACAGGAAAAUACAUCUGUUUGACAUUGACAUUCCAGGAGAGAUUUCAUUCAAGGAAUCUGACACCUUCACUGCAGGGGAUCAACCUACCAUUGUGGACACAGAAGUUGGUCGAAUCGGAAUAGGAAUUUGUCAUGAUAUACGAUUUCCUGAACUUGCUGCAUUAUACAGGAAAAGAGGGGUUGACAUCAUAUGCUAUCCUGGGGCAUUCAACAUGAGCACUGGUGAAUUGUUGUGGGAGCUGGUACAGAGAGCUAGGGCCGUCGAUAACCAGUUAUUUGUGGCAACUUGCUCACCCUCUCGAAACUCUACUGGUUCUUAUACAACUUGGGGCCAUUCCACACUAGUUGGACCGUCUGGAGAGAUAAUUGUUACCUCAGGGCAUGAGGAAACUACUGUCAUUGCGGAGAUUGAUUACUCUAAUAUUCAGCUCCAAAGAAAGAGUCUCCCACUUGAUGAUCAAAAGCGAGAAGACAUCUACAAGUGUAUCGAUUUGCUCAAGCGGCUCCUGCAACUCCCUGGCGACAACCUUCGUUAUGCCCAUUACUUGUUCGACCAAAUACCCAAGUGUAGGAACCAGUUUCUUUGGACCUCCCUCAUACAUUCCCAUGUGCUUCAUGAUCAUUUUGGUCAAUCCAUCACUUUAUAUGCUAAAAUGCACCGGGUUGGCGUAUCGCCAUCUGGGUUCACCUUCUCUUCAGUUCUCAAUGCAUGUGCUCGUGUUCCGGCACUUUUUGAAGGGAAACAAGUCCACGCAAGGGUUGUGCAGUAUGGUUUCUUGGGAAACAAAAUAGUGCAAACUGCACUUCUUCAUAUGUAUGCAAAAUGCGGGCUUGUACUGGAUGCAAGGGACAUCUUUGAUAGGAUGGAUGAUAAAGACUUGGUUGCUUGGACGGCCAUGGUUUGUGGGUAUUCAAAGAUGGGAUUGAUGGGCGAGGCGCGGUGGUUGUUUGAUAACAUGGAGCAGCGCAAUGCAGUUUCUUGGACUACAAUGGUUGCUGGGUACGCAAACAAUGGUGAUAUGGAAACGGCAAAGGAAUUGUACGAAAGAAUGGUGGAGAAAGAUUCAGUGGCAUGGGUGGCUAUGAUAGCAGGUUAUGGGAAGUGUGGUAAUGUUUUGGAAGCCAAGAUAGUUUUCGAAGAGAUACAGAUGGCAGAUGCAUCAUGUUGGGCAGCAAUGGUGGCUUGUUAUGCUCAGAAUGGCUAUGCAAAGGAAGCCAUUGAGAUGUAUAAGAAAAUGAGGGAAGAAAAAGUGAGAGUCAAUGAGGUGGCAAUGGUUGGAGCUAUUUCAGCUUGUACACAACUUGGGGAUAAUGAAGUUGCAGCCACAUUAGCAAAUCACGUGGAGGAAGGAUGUGAGAGGACACUCUUUGUAUCCAAUGCAUUGAUCCAUAUGCAUUCCAAAUGUGGGGACAUAGAACAGGCAUGGAGAGAAUUUAACAGAAUGAGUAUCAGAGAUGUAAUAUCUUAUAGCGCAUUGAUCGCCGCUCUUGCCGACCAUGGAAAGGCCGAGGUUGCCAUGAAUCUCUUCUCAGAGAUGCAAAAAGAAGGAAUAAGACCGAACCAGGUAACAUUCGUCGGUCUCCUCAAUGCAUGUAGCCAUGUAGGACUGAUUGAGGAAGGGUGCCAAUAUUUUGAGCUCAUGACUCGGGUCUUCGGGAUUGAGCCACUUAAGGAGCACUAUGCUUGCAUGGUUGACCUUCUUGGAAGGGCUGGGCAGCUUGAAAAGGCGUACAAUCUUAUAAUAUACAACAUUGGAGCUGCUGAUGCAAAGAUCUGGGGCUCUUUGUUAGGAGCUUGCAAGGUACAUGGUAAUACCAAAUUGAGUGAGAUCGCAGCAAUGCAUCUCUUCAAAAUAGAGCCGCAUGAUGCCGGAAAUUAUGUGCUUUUAGCAAAUACUUAUGCAGAAAUAAAUAAAUGGGAUGAUGCUGAGAGGGUGAGAAAGAUGAUGAGUGAAAGAGGAAUGAUAAAAUCUCCUGGGUGUAGCUGGAUUGAAAAGUUGGGAUAA